CCAUAAGGCUUUGCGGCACUAUCGGAAGUCCUUUUCUCUCUUUCCGGCGUCGUUGAGGUCCCUUUUGGAUUUUCAUCGGCGGUCACCAUGGCAGCCCUCAGGCCCCUCACGAAACCCAAGAUUGUCAAGAAGCGAACCAAGAAGUUCAUUCGCCAUCAGUCUGACAGAUAUGUCAAGAUUGCGAAAAACUGGCGCAAGCCUAGAGGUAUUGACAACAGGGUCCGCAGGCGGUUCAAGGGUCAGAUGUUGAUGCCCAACAUUGGUUAUGGUAGCAACAAGAAGACCAAGUACAUGCUGCCAUCUGGAUUCAAAAAGUUCCUGGUACACAACGUGAAGGAACUCGAGGUCCUGUUGAUGAGCAACAAGACUCACUGUGCUGAGAUCGCCCACAACGUCUCCUCAAAGAACAGGAAGCUGAUCGUUGAGAGAGCAGCUCAGUUGGCCAUCAAGAUCACCAACCCCAACGCCAGGCUCAGGAGCGAGGAGAACGAAUAAACUGCUUAUUCACAAUAAAUGUUUAAAAAUUG